AUGGGUAUUGUUGAGAACAGUUGUUUUGGGAACCAAGCUGAUCUAAACAAAUUACUCGGAGCUGCACCUACUGCAGAAUUCAUUUCACAAGGUUGGCUAACUUUCACAAAAGAAACGGACGAAAGUGGUUGCGAUAUCAUAACUUAUGAUUGGGGACCUCGGGCAAAAUCCGUCGUCGACCCAAUGACGAUUCUCCGGAUAUAUUGCACCAUGGAUGGUAGUGUUCCACACCAUUGGGGAUUGCAUUAUCAAGAAGCACAAAUUGCUGUUGCUCGGAAUGGCUGA